GUGUCGAGCACUGAGGCCGGGCCGGCAGCGAGAGGGCGUGGCCUAGUCCGCUCCGCCCCCCGGCCAUUGGGUCGUCAUGGUUACGGAGACGCUAUUGGCGUUGCGCGCGCAUCCGACCCCCACCACGCCUCCGCGCCGUCCGCUAUUUCGUGUUCCCAAAGUUUGGAAGACACUUCAGUUAGUCGAUGAAAGCUAAAUAGUGCGUCCCCCACUCUCGGUCAACACGGGGCGAGCUUAGAGUCGCUGUUUGUUUUUCCAAUCAGGCUCUCGGCCAGGACCUGUUGCUAAACUGACCAGUCCUGUGUACACACCCGGAGUGAGUGUUUGGAGAACAAAUUUCGGCAGUGUAAACGUCUACUACGGUAUGUGCGGGAUCGGGCAGUGAAUGUGCUAUGACUAUGCUAUCACAGAAGCUGUACGCGGACCCCGUGUCGAGUGCGAUGUCGACGGCCGUCAACACGAUGAGUCCUUCUAUGACGCCGACCUACUCCAUGAACACUAUGAACUGUGUGUCCAUGAACUCGUGUUCGCCGCAGAACGCGGGUUUCGGCUCCAACAUGAUGGGAGGAAUCGGGAUGAACGGGAACUGCAUGUCGACCGGAGGCAUGGGCUACGGGACCAACAUGAACGCCUGCAUGGGCUCCAUCAACCCGACCUACACCGGCUCACUGGGACCCGUAGCUAUCACCGGAAACAGAGAUCUGGUCGGGGACACCGGCUCUCCUACCCCGGGCGGCGGUAUCCACCGGGGCCGCAUAGACAAGACCUACCGUCGCAGCUAUACGCACGCCAAGCCACCGUACUCGUACAUCUCACUCAUCACCAUGGCCAUCCAGAACUCCCAGAUUAAGAUGCUCACUCUGUCGGAAAUCUACCAGUUCAUCAUGGAUCUCUUCCCCUUCUAUCGCCAGAAUCAGCAGAGGUGGCAGAACUCCAUCAGACACUCGCUGUCGUUCAACGACUGCUUUGUCAAGGUGCCACGCACGCCGGACAAGCCGGGCAAAGGAUCGUUCUGGACACUCCACCCCGACUCCGGCAAUAUGUUCGAGAACGGAUGUUACCUUCGGCGGCAGAAGCGAUUCAAGGACGACAAGAAGGAGGCGAUCAGGCAGUCUCACAAGAGCACAGUAUCUCCUCACGGCCACCAUCACCACCACCACCAAGACGACAAGAAGCCGCUGGAUAAACUCGACAAGGUAUCCACCGACUUAGGCCUUCAAGGGUCCAUGCUGGGGCUGCAUCCCGGAGGGAAAAUGGACGACCCCAUGUCCACUCUCCUGCACCAAAAUUCGGAGCUCUGCCUGCAACAGCAACACCACCAACAGAGCCUGCAGCAGGACGACCUGGCCGCCAUGGUCAACCGGUGCCAUCCUCACCUCGCCCUCAGUCCGGAACACUACAACCACCACCAUCUGAAGCAGGAGUACGCCGCGGCAAACCACCCCUUCAGCAUCACACGGUUGCUGCCCGCCGAGAGCAAGGCUGACAUCAAGAUGUACGACAUGGCCGCUCAGUACGCGGGCUACAACGACAGCUACUACCAGAGCUCCCUGUACCACGGACCCGCCGGGACCACGGCCUUGUGACAGUACCCUCUGGCCUAGACCCUGCCGCUGCUCACCCCCAGGUAGACGUACAGCCGGGAUCUUGCCAUCUCCGUCGUGCUUUUCACAAUAUUUCCAUUGGCUAGAACACUAAUCUCAUUUUUAUUGCCGUAUUUUAAAAAUACAAUGUCUCAGUAAUUUUUAGAAUGCUUUAAAAGCAUAUCGUAAUCAGUAAACACCGUAAGAUAUAUUUUGGCUGAACUGGACACAUGCAAUAGAAAUAAGAUCUUAAAUAAUUGUGGACGGAAGUUAGGCCUAUUCCAGUGAAUUCAAAAUUCACAUGUUACACCUUUUAGUAGAACUAUUUUUCUGCAUUAGCUGAAUUCGUAAGCUAAUGAUCUAUAAAUUAAAGAUCUGAUUGGUUUUUAUAUCCAUAUAAAGAAAAACUCUUCUCCUUUUUGAAUAAUAUGCUAUUUUCACUAUUAAGGGAACUUAAAAGGGGUGAAAACAACAUAUAAUUCAUGGAUCAUGACAUUUAUUAUAUAAUUUGUUUGCAAUAGUCUACUAAUUAGGGAUUGAAACGUAAAAUUACUCUGCAUAGGUCCAAUUUCCACACAAUAAUUCUUUACGGCAUUUUACGACUGCAUUUACGCAGUAUAAUUACCUAAUUGUAGCAUUUGAGUUUAAAUCUGCCAUUGUGAAAAGCGCUCACAACCUAACUGAACGCCAAAAUCGACUCUAUAGUGUAUUCCAGUCAGCAAGUUGGAAAUCUCUCAGUGUGGUGACGUAACACUCUAGCUGUAAGGUUAUUGUUUGUAAAUAUUUACUUAAUUGUUAAAUAAUAUUUUCGUCCAUUCCGUUAGGAUCUUUGCAAUCUCACGCGAGUCGGCUGCCCGCGCUCCGGCAGUCGGCACCUUGUAGAUAUAUGUACAGAGUCGUCCGCCUCUUGGGAUAAUGUUUUAGUUAGUGGUUUUGUAAUUUGUAAAUGACAUUACGAGAAUCUCUAUUUCAAUAAUCAUUGAUCGCGAGUGACUGGAAGAACGGUACAUUUAUGUUGGUGGUCUAAUGGUUAGAUUUUGUUUGUUUCUUAGUCUACUGAAACUAAUUUUGCCAGUUGGUAUGUUUAAUUACGUAUUUAUCUGUUUAUUAAUGAUUGGAGUGUGAUUUAUUAUAACAGUUUAAAGUGCUUUAUCACCUAGAUUAAAGUUGGCCGACUCGGUAAACACAAUGGUUCCGAGUAAUUCUUUUAAUAAGACGCAAGGACUGUUGAGUUUAGUGUCGGUUUGAAAUUAUGUGAGCUAUCUAUGACCCUAUUUGUUCAAAACAAACAAAAAACAUAAAGUGAAUUUAACACGUGUAACAUAGAUACUUACAUAAUGUUUUGAUAGACAACACUAUUUUGCUAAAAAGUAACGAAAUAAAAUGAGUCUAGCCGUUUUAAACCACCCCGUGGUUUCUUUUCAAACGAUAAAAUCAAUCGUUUACAAUAUAGGCUCGUUUAAACUGCUGAUUUAUAAAAUAGACAGAUUCACGAACAAUUUACAAACUUUUAAAUUCUGUAAACAUACGGAAAUAUUCAGUUUAUAAAUGUAGGACAGUUUAAUUACGUUAUUAAAAAAUAAAAAUCAAUUAAUACAACCCAAGAAAUAAAAUAUCAAUCUACAAGGUAAAUCUAUAGGUACUUUUGGUUUUAUUUGUAUUUUAAAGAGAACAGCCUAGUUACGUCAAAUAAAAAUAAAAAGUAGAAAAAGUUAUAUUAAUAUAACUAUACGAUAUGUACUUUCAAACUUGUAUGAUAUAUUUUGGAUGCCUACAAAUAAACAUUAAAAUAUCGACUUGUUAAAGUCUAUAAUAUUGGAAACUAAUUAAAUUCAUCUCACUAAACAUUUAUAAUGGCAAAAUUCACGGAGACGUUAAGGACCUGAUUUAUACCUACCUACUCUAUAUUACAUCUUGUGAGUGUCAUUCAUACCUCUUUAAUUUACAAUAUGUUAUUAUAAUUUUAUAUUGCAAUUACAAGAAUUAAAUAACUAAUAUAGAAAAUCAGAAAAUGAAAUAUGAACGUACUAUAAUCGGCCUGAAAGGUGUUCUUGCCAAAACGUACAAUUUUCUGAAAAAUGUUAGUAUUUAACUCUUUAAUUUAGGCCUAAACUUUUCAUAGGUUGUGUUGAAAGCUUUGUUUCUGUUUAAUAAUAAUUCAUUGCUAUACUCUUUAAAUAUAUGGAUCAAUGUUUUAAAUGUUCCAUACUAAACAAAUUAUUCAACUUAAAACAUUUAGAUAAAAUCAAACAUACUAAAUUAUGUUUAACAGUUUUGUCAAAGUAAAUAUUAUUGCUAAGUUGAAAUUUAUAUAUUAUACAAUUUAGAGUAAUACAAAGUUUAGUGGUAAUUUACAAAAAGUUAAUUAAAAGUAAAAAUAGGUACAAAUUAAACUUUUACAUGCUAUAUGUUCAUUUAUUUCAAAAUGUCUUAAAAAUAUGCUUCUAAAGAUAUUCUAAGUAGCUAAAAAGAACGAAAAUUAAAAAGAUUCUACUGUAAUGCGUUUAAAACAACAUUUAUCGUACUUAAAUAACAAAAAACAUAGGAGAUAGAAGUUUCCAAAUUCCCCCAAGAAAUCCUGUUGAUGCAAUGAAUCAGACAGGAAGCAAACUGAUAUCGGUGGAAUCACUUAGGUUAUCAGUUAAACUGAUAAGCUAUUUCGAUACCAAGAGCCUUCAAUUAACACUGAUAAGGGAUAGAUUGCCGUUAUGACGUUCGCUUCACCUGUAUAUUACAGUAAUACAUGGAAGUAAGCGGACAUAAAUAGAGAUUGCGGUAUACAAUAGUUAUGCUAAAUAUUUAAUUAGUCAUCACUAAUUUAAAAUUACCAAACUAUCAGAUAGGUAGAAAUGGAUAGUACCUCAUAGGCCUAUGUAAAGAAUCUUAAUGAAAUUAUAGCCUAUGACGUAUGACAGAUAAAAUUUAAUGCACUUUUUGACAAAAAAAUAAAUUUUAAACAUUCAAAGUAGGCUAGUAUUUCGAAAUAUGCAGAGCAUUAAGACUAUAAUUAUUUUGUUGUAAAAUCUCGCACAAAACUAAAGAAAUUUACCUAAACCAAAAGAAAUAAAGAUAGAACUGGCAAAAUAUUUUCGAACAUUUACGUUUACUAUAAAUCAUUACUAGCUACUAAUUACCAACUAAACUUUAAAACAAAUAGUUUAAUUCGAAAAACUAAAAUACUUUUAUUACAUCAUUAAAAAAUGAGCAAGCUAAUUAUAUCCUUAGGUAUACCUUACUUUAAGGGUGUUUAAAAUACAGUUUUAUUGUAUUAUAUGGCGAAACAAUAAUUUAAAGUGUAACUUUUGAGUACCGUAUUCACUUUCAUGGAUAUAAUGUUCAUUUAGAUUUAUCUAUUGAGGUACACAUUUACGACACUUAAUAAAUUCAGACCAUUAGAGAAAUCUUUUUAAACAUUCUAAUUGUACAAAAUAUAAAGAGGUGUAUUUAUGAAAUUAUAAAAAAGUCAGAUACAUAAAAAUACAGAAUAGAACAGAACAGAAUAGCAAUCUGGUUAUCACGUUUUGAAGUGUACUAUCCUGUGUAACGCGAUAAAUUUAAUAUUUGAAAAAAAAAGUUUUAAGAUUGCAUGGAUCUUAAGAAUAAAUUAUUCUUCAUAAGCAAUUGCACAGAAAUUUCUUAUUCUACGCACGCUGUAUUAAAGUAAAACGCAGUAUCGAUCACUAAAAUUUACUAUAUAAAUUAAUAAAAGCUCAACUCAUUAAUUAAAAAAAAAUUAUACCUCAAGUGAUAUUUACUAUGUACAAACUUACUGAUAAAUCAGAUAAAAAUUCGCUGUAAAAUCUACUGUCAAUCUAUUUUAUUACAUCUUGGUAAAUAAUAUAAUAUGUCCUUUGCAUUUAUUAAGAUCUGAGGGGUUUUGUAAUAUAGCUGUAGGGUACAUUUAUUAUUCUUAAUUAAGUCCUUUUAAAUUAAUUAUUUAACACUUCUAAUUAACUUACCAGAUGUAUCAGUUGUUGUGUUUUAAAGAAUUAACACACCUUUUACUGUUUUCAAACAAUAACAAAAUUAUAACAAAAGGAAGUAAUGAUGCAUAGCAGUUGCAAUUUCUUCAAUUUACAACUCAAUAAUAUCUAUAUGUUUUUUAUAUGAUGAGGAAUGUAUAAAAAAUACAAAAGUAAAUUAAGGGUCUUAUUAUUGAAUAAUACAAUGAUAAAUUAUACUUCCACAGAUUUACUUUAUUAUAAAAGUUUACAAUUUUAUUAGUAUUAAUGCUUGGUAGAAUACAAAUUUUCGAGACAUUUUUGUGAAAUACUAAUAUUUUGUAUUUGAUGUACUACUCUAUAAACUGAGAUUGAAUUAUUGUUAAACUUAAUUUUCUUUGCUUUUGCAAUACAAAUCCUACAAUUAUAUACUCUUAUUAAUCACCAUCGCAGUUAAUCUGUUAGGAUUAUCUACCGAAAAGUUAAAUUUAAAGCAGCGUAUUGAAUAUCGAUAUUUGGGCAGACAAUAAAUUAUGCCCAACAAAAACACGCUGCUCAUAAUAAAAUAUUAUUUAAAAUAAUUUUCACGACAGUAUUUAUACUUUAUAGUGAAUCGUGAAAAUUACAAUUCCAUACCUGUAAGUACUCACCAUAUGGAAAAAUUAUGUUACUUUAAUUCGUUUGAAUAAUUUUCACUCAACGGGUCUUUAAGUUUUGUGUAGUUUUAGAUUUUUUAUAUUGUUCAUGAAAUGAUUUCGUAUCGUUUAGUUUCAUGUGUCGGCGAGGACUACCACAUUUAAGUGUUAUGUAUGUCACUAAUUGUAAUAUAGUAUGUACAUUUAUUUUUACUACUUGAUCGAUCGUUUGAUUUCACUCAUCCCGUACACAUAAACUGCAUAUAUUGUGUUUUUUAUAAAUAUAUAUUUGUCUGUAAAUAGAAAUGAAUGUAUGGAUUAUACUACGAGUGAACUGUCACGGAAGUUACCUAUAAAUAUUGAAAAUAAACAGAUUGAAUAUGUAAA